CGCCAUUUUUCCAAAAGAAAUUUCCCGCAAAUUUUGCAGUUCGUGACACAUAUGGUCCAACACGACACACUACUCCUCUUAUGCAACUGCUCUCCUUCACAAGAAUAUUUAUUUUCUCUCUUUAAACACACAAAGCAAAAAACCUACAACAGAUCAAUUCCAUGGCGGCCGAGAAAGAAACCCUGGAAGAGAAAGAAACAAUCCAGCAAGAAGAGAAAGCAAAACAGAAUGGCGAAGUAGAGAAAAAAGAUGAAAAGGAAGAAAGAAAAGUUGAAGAUAAUAAAGAGGAAGGGAAGAGUGACGAUGGGAAUUCCCCAAAAACACCGGGUUCCAGGCCCACAAGGGAAAGGAAGACAGUGGAGAGGUAUUUUGAGUCUUUGGCUGCUAGAGGUUCUGCAACUAAGCCUUUAACAAUUGACAAGGGUCAAGGUACUCAGCUGAAGGACAUCCCAAAUGUGGCAUAUAUGUUGUCCAAGAGAAAAUCGGAUGACAACCUGCAGACACUUCACAGUAUCCUUUAUGGCAAGAAAACAAAGGCACAAAAUGUGAAGAAAAACAUAGGGCAGUUUUCUGGAUAUGUUUGGGUCGAAAAUGAGGAAAAACAGAGGGCAAAAAUCAAAGAGAAGCUUGACAAGUGUGUCAAAGAAAAGCUACUGCUUUUUUGUGAUAUACUCAAUAUCCCAAUUAGUAGAUCUGCAGCAAGGAAGGAUGAGCUCACCGUCAAGUUAUUAGACUUCUUGGUAUCUCCUCAUAGUACGACCGACUCGUUGCUUGCUGAGAAGGAACAGAAGGGUAAGAAGCGAAAAUCGAAGGGCAAAACUUCCAAAAGCAAAGGUUCUGCAGACAAAGCUGCAGCAAAGGUUAGGGAGAAGCGCAAGAGGUCGCCCAAAAUAGAGGAAGAAGAAUCUGAUGACGAACUAUUGAGUACCAGAGAUGAAUCCGGGGAUGACAAUGAUGAUGAGGAAGCCAAUGAAGUAGGAAGUGAUCAGGAAGAGAGUGGUUCAGAGGAAGAGGAAGAGAAACCAAAGAAAAAGAAGUCUAAAGGGAAAGAAAUAGGAAGUGAUCAGGAAGAGAGUGGUUCAGAGAACGAGGAAGAGAAGCCAAAGAAAAAGAAGUCUAAAGGGAAAGAAGUAGGAAGUGAUCAGGAAGAGAGUGGUUCAGAGGAAGAGAAACCAAAGAAAAAGAAGUCUAAAGGGAAAGAAGUAGGAAGUAAUCAGGCAGAGAGUGGUUCAGAGAAAGAGGAAGAGGAAGAGAAACCAAAGAAAAAGAAGUCUAAUGGGAAUGUUUCUUUAAAGAAGGAUUCUGGAAAGAAAGUUAUAGAGAAGCCCAAGUCUGUGAAAAAGGAUAACCCUGCUAAAUCCCCCAAAAGUUCGACUAAAUCUACCAAAGUGUCUUCAAGCACAGCUUCCAAAAGAGGUGCUUCUGGUGCUGCUUCACUAGCAUCACCUAAGAAACAAAAAGUUGAAAAGAAAAGUCAUAAAGAAGAAAAUGGGACUGUGAAGGAAAAUGCUUCAAGCAAGAAACAAUCAACCAAGUCUCCUGUUAAGGUUUCUGAGAAGGAAGGAAAAGAAAAAAGCAACAAAAAGGCCAAGGCAGAGCCCAGCAAUGAAGAAAUUCAUGCAGCAGUUGUAAAUAUACUGAAAGAAGUGGAUUUUAAUUCGGCAACUUUAUCUGAUAUCAUCCGACAACUAGGUAGCCAUUUCGAUAUAGAUUUGAUGCAUAGGAAAGCGGAGGUAAAGGCUAUAAUCACCGAUGUAAUAAAUAACAUGAGUGAUGAGGAAGAAGGGGAUGACCCUGAGGCUGGGGAUGAAGAUGAUGAAGAGAAAAAUGAAGGUGAUGAUAGUGAUGCUUAGUUUAUGAGUCAAGUAUAAGGGAUAGUGAUAUGGUACCAUACAGCUCGUUGGUUGUUUUCAUUUAUAAUUUUAGUUGGAUAUAACUUACAAGAUGGUGGCCCCAAUGGGUUGGUCUGUAAGGCAUUUCUUUUAUCUUUGCUUAUUCUAUAGUUAACCUUUGAAUUUCUUUUAAAGCAAACAUUCUACCAUCUGAUGCUGAACUCGUAGUUUUCAAUUUGUUGUGUUUAUGUAAUUUAUGUAAAACAAUCAAAGUUGACAAUUGGUCAGAUGUAUGGUAUGGCAAAAA